GGUGAAUCGGAAACCGAUGAGUCGUCCAUUUGAACGGAUGUGCGAAAAGCAUUUGCACUGAAUUUAAGGCAAUCUGAGCGACAAUGUCAUCGAAAGUGACAAAAGACACUCUGUUUGAGUGCGUGAACGGAGUGUUGGAAUCAUCCAAAGGUGAUAACGACGGCAAGAAGAGGAAGUUCUUG